GUUACAGUAAAUAAAAUUAAUACUUAUAGUUUUUUUGGGGGGAGAUUUGAUUACUGAGAUAAAUUCUCAGUAAAACACAGUGAAAUAUGCCAAUUAUACUAUUCUCAUAAAAAAAUUUACAUUAUUCUCUUUAUUCAGUUCCAGAGGAGCCAGAUCUCAGGAUGGUGCUUCUUGGGGAAGCCGGAGUUGGGAAGAGUGCCGCAGGAAACACCAUUUUAGGAAGAAAAGCUUUUAAGUCUGAGAUGUCUUCUUCCACAGUAACAUCACAGUGUCAGAAAGAAACAGUAGCAUUUGAAGGUCAACUCGUGGCUGUAAUUGAUACUCCAGAUCUGUUUAACACCAGUAAAAGUGAAGAGGAGGUAAAGAGAGAGCUUGGUGAUUGCAUGUCCCUUGCUGCUCCCGGUCUUCAUGUGUUUCUGGUAGUAAUCCAGGCCGGCAGAUUCACAGAAGUGGAACAAGAAACAGUCAAAGUGAUUCAGAAGAAGUUUGGAGAAAAGGCAGCAAGUUACACUAUGGCCUUGUUCACCCAUGGAGAUGAUCUGGAGGCAGAAGGCUGUUCCAUAGAAAAAAUAAUCAAUGGAAAUUCAGCACUCCGUGCUUUCAUCUGUCAGUGUCAAGGAGGAUAUCAUGUUCUUAACAACAAAAACAAUUAUCACUCUCAGGUCAGAGAGCUGCUGAAGAAGAUCAAUGUAAUGGUUCAGAGAAAUGGAGGAAAAUAUUACACAACUGAAAAUUUCCAGGAGACUGAGGGAGAACCAGAUUUCAGGAUUGUGCUCCUUGGAAAAACUGGAGUUGGAAAGAGUGCAGCAGGAAACACCAUCUUAGGUGAAAAAAAAUUCAUGUCUAAAACAUCUGCUUCCUCACUGACAUCCGAGUGUGAAAAAGUAACAAAAACAGUUGAUGGUAAAAUCCUGACUGUAGUUGAUACUCCGGGUCUGUUUGACACUACUAAAACUGAAAAUGAGGUGAAGAGAGAGCUUGCCAGAUGCAUCUCUUUUGCUGUUGCUGGUCCUCAUGUGUUCCUGGUUGUGAUUCAGCCAAAUAGAUUCACAAAGGAAGAACAAGAAACAGUGAAAAUUAUUCAGAAGCUGUUUGGAAAAAAUGCAGCAGAAUACACUAUGGCCUUGUUCACUUAUGGAGACAAUCUGGAGGCUGCUGGUGUUGACAUCAAACAAUUUAUUAAUGAAGAUAAAACUCUCUUUGACUUCAUUCAUCAGUGUGGUGGAGGAUAUCAUGUUCUUAACAACAGGGUGGAUAAUUCUUCUCAGGUCACAGAACUAUUGGCAAAAAUCAAAACAAUGGUUCAGAAGAAUGGAGAAAGAUACUACACAAAUGAAAAUUUCAUAUUAGCUGAGCAAGCCAUAAGAGCAGAGACAGAACGACUUCUGCAAGAAAAUCCAAAUAUGACACCUAAAGAAGCAAGAAAACGGGCAGAGAGAAAAAACGACUUCAUUAAAGCCAUUAUAGGUAGCACUGGUGCUGCUGCUGUUCUUGGAGCUGCUACUGGAGUUGGUGUUGAAGUCGGUAUUGGAGCUGGCGUUGGAGCUUUAGGAGGUCCAGCAGGAGCUGGAGUGGGGGCAUUAGUGGGUCUGGCAGUAGGAGGCAUAAUCAUAGCAGUGAAAAAGAAGGCAAAUACUAAUCAGUGAUAUUUUGUGUUUCAGUUUAUUUAGUUGCAAAGCAAUAGAACAACUAUUGUAACUUGAUCAUGGCUUGUUAUCAUUCUUUUAAUGAGUUAUCUUUUCUAGCAGCCAGUUUUGUUUGCUUUGCUGAUAAUCCUAGGUUUAUUAGUUGUAGAUGUUUUAAAAGUCUUCUUCAUUGAUCAUGUAAAUAAUAGGGCUUUCUUUAACUUUAAUUUCAAACAAUCACCAAUUAAUUUCUCAGAUUUUGUUAUUUGCUGAGUUUGGUUUACUACAAGACGAUUUGAUUGAAGAAACAGACAUUUGUAUCAUGUAUCUUACUUACUUUGUGUUCCAUCAUUUGAACAUAUCAAAUUUUUUUUUUCUUUGCUCAACAUUUUUCUGUUUUGAUUCUUAUUUUGUCUAUUUACUGGAAGAAGAAGGCUGUGUUUUGAUGUGCUAAAAAUAUUAUGACACUUAUGGUGUGACGGUAUAUACAUUUGGGAGCAACCAUAUACAGUGGUCCCUUGUUUAUUGCGGGAGUUACGUUCUAAAAAUAACCUACGAUAGGUAAAAUCCGCAAUUAUCAUGCUCAUUAUUUUGUUAGAUGUUUUAAGGCUGUAAAACCCCUCACUACACACUUUAUACAUUUUUCUCUGA